CGGCUCGGCUGGGCUCGGCUCGGUUCGGGCGGCCUUCCUCGGGCGGCGCGCUUCGGGCUCCAUCCCGGCCUUCGGGCGGCCCCGGCCAGCGCCUUCGGGCGGGCUCGGCGGAGUCCGGAUGGAGGACUCGGACUCCGCCGCCAAGCAGCUGGGCCUGGCCGAGGCAGCGGCGGUGGCGGCCGCGGCCGCUGUGGCGGCGGCGGCCGCGGCCGCGGCGGGGAGUGAGGCCGAGGAGUCGGUGCUCAGCAGGGACGAGGACUCGGAGGAGGACGGUGACUCGGAGGCGGAGCGCGAGACGCGGCGGGUGACAGCCGUGGCGGUGAUGGCCGCAGAGCCCAGGCACAUGGACAUGGGCACCGAGGCCCUUCCCGGCCCCGACGAGGCUGCUGCGGCCGCCGCCUUUGCAGAAGUGACCACGGUGACGGUGGCGAACGUGGGCGCCUCGGCGGACAACGUCUUCACCACGUCGGUGGCCAACGCCGCCUCGCUGUCGGGACACGUCCUGUCCGGCAGGACCGCCCUGCAGCUGGGAGACAGCCUGAACGCCGAGAAGGCCACGCUGAUCGUGGUGCACACGGACGGGAGCAUCGUGGAGACCGCGGGGCUGAAGGGGCCCGCCGCUCCGCUCACCCCAGGCCCCCAGUCCCCGCCGGCGCCCCUGGCCCCCGGCCAAGAGAAGGCGGGCAGCAGGUACAACUGGGACCCGUCGGCCUACGACAGCGAGCUGCCCGUGCGCUGCCGCAACGUCAGCGGCACCCUGUACAAGAGCCGGCUGGGCUCCGGAGGCCGGGGCCGGUGCAUCAAGCAGGGGGAAAACUGGUACAGCCCCACGGAGUUCGAAGCCAUGGCGGGGAGGGCCAGCAGCAAGGACUGGAAGCGGAGCAUCCGCUACGCCGGCAGGCCGCUGCAGUGCCUCAUCCAGGACGGGAUCCUGAACCCUCACGCCGCCUCCUGCACCUGCGCCGCCUGCUGCGAUGACAUGACCUUGACGCCCGAUACGCCGACGACGCUCUUUCCGGUGUUCCAGCACCGUCACCCACACGUUCUUUCUGGAAGCACCUUCUCUGUCACUUUGAGGAAGAGCGGCCCCGUCCGGCUCUUCGUCCCCUACAAACGGCGCAAGAAGGAGAACGAGCUGCCCGCGGCCCCGGGGAAGAAGGAGGCCGCCAAGAACGUCACGCUGCUCCCGGCCACCGCCGCCACCACCUUUACUGUGACCUCCUCAGGACAGAUCACUACCUCCGGCGCACUGACCUUCGACCGGGCGUCCACUGUGGAAGCCACCGCGGUCAUCUCGGAGAGUCCGGCGCAGGGCGACGUCUUUGCGGGAGCCACAGUGCAGGAAGCAGGCGUGCAGCCGCCGUGCAGGGUCGGCCACGCCGAGCCCCACUACCCCGGCUUCCAGGACAGCUGCCAGGUCGCGCCCUUUCCGGAAGCUGCGCUGCCGACCGCUCACCCCAAAAUAGUGCUGACCUCCCUGCCGGCCCUGGCGGUCCCGCCCUCCAACCCCACCAAAGCCGUCUCCCCCUCGGUGGUCAACGGCCUGGAGAUGUCGGAGCCGCGGAGCUGGCUGUACCUAGAAGAGAUGGUCAACUCCUUGCUCAGCACAGCCCAGCAGCUGAAGACGCUGUUUGAACAGGCCAAGCAGGCCAGCUCCUACCGAGAGGCCGCCGCGGCCCAGGCCCGGGUGCAGGCGGACACCGAGCGGAAGGAGCAGUCCUGUGCCAACUGCGGCCGCGAGGCGCUGAGCGAGUGCACCGGCUGCCACAAAGUGAACUACUGCUCCACCUUCUGCCAGCGCAAGGACUGGAAGGACCACCAGCACGUGUGCGGCCAGGCGGCGGCUGUCACGGUGCAGGGGGACGAGGUCCACGUCGCCGAGAGCGUGAUAGAGAAGGUCGCCGUGUGAGGGCCCGCCGGGCCCCCUCGCUGCAGCGUGGCGGGGCCGUCGCCGGACCCGGACCCCCGGGGGCUGCGGGGGCCACUGAGGAUGUGAGGAAACUUGCUGGCCAAGUUGUGGACAGACUGGAAGCGGCCUGUGCCCUGCAGAGCCGCUGCUGCCCGAGGCCCGAGGCCCGAGGCCCGGGGGAGGGGCGCCCCGAGGACGGGCCGCUGCACGGUGCUCUUUUAUCCUUGGAUCACGAGGGUCCGGCCUUACCCACGGGUGUGUUGUGUUUGUAACACGGGUGUACAUACAUGUGUCUCAAUAAAGUCGGUGUCCCUGCCCCA